CAUAAAGUAGUGAAACAUUGCAUCAAAUGUUUUGAAUGAAAAGUUUUGAAACGAUUAAACACUCCGUGAUUGACAACUGAUUGCAACGACUACUGAGUGUAUCGUAUGAUUAGUAUCAGUGAUGAACCGAAACAGAGGUCAGUCUCGGGUGCCAUCGUUUGCGGUCUUACUGCUGGUCCACGAGUUGGUCCGAACGGCCACUACUUAUGGCAUUCCGACCGUCACUUUGGUUACAACUGUCACUCAAAUCCUGAUAUUCCUCCGCAUUAUUCCGCUUCCCGUAUCAGACGUUUGGGACGUAUGUCUGAGUUAUAGAUCAAUAAUAGAUAAGAAGGAAUACUUGAGACUAAUAUUAUCGCAAUUAAGUCACGGCGACGACUGGCACCUGUAUUACAAUAUGGUGUCAUUCCUCUGGAAGGGCCGGUCACUGGAGAACAGAUUAGGAUCUCUUAGAUUCGCCAUCACUUUAUUGGUGUUCACUAUAUCCACGGCUUAUACCUAUGUUUUUGCCAAUAAAUUGAUGGCAGAUGUGAGCGAAGAUUACUCUUAUUUGAGUCACUGUUCCGUCGGUUUCUCGGGAGUUAUAUUUGCGCUCAAAGUACUGACCACUCAUUUCGAUGACAGUCGGGUCUCGUAUCUGAUGGGAUGGAUACCAAUCGGAUCCAAAUAUGCUGUUUGGGGUGAACUGGUGGUCAUUCAACUCAUUUCCCCAAACGCCUCAUUCGUCGGACAUUUGGCCGGAAUUUUGGUCGGUUUGGCGUAUAUUUAUGGACCGCUUUCCUAUGCCAUCGAAUUUGUCUUCAGUUUGUACAUAUUGAAUCCAUUGUUCGGUGGUUUGGGAGGAAAUUCGAACAAUAAUUACGGGAAUUACCGAAGAAAUUAUAACUCGAGCUCCACUUCCGGCUAUUCGUCGAAUCGACACAAUUAUGAGUCUUAUGUUCCCAACGAUAUGUCAGAAGAGGAACAGCUUAGGAGAGCUUAUGAGCAAAGUCUUAAUGAUAACCGCAAUUCCAGACCCAGAACUCAACCAACAGCGCCUCCAUAUCCCACAGAAAAUAGUGAUAAUUAUCCGCAAAACCCUUCAGAUGCGGAAACUUUGAGACAACUCAGACUUAGACGCUAUCAACAAAACUAGUAGACAAUCGAUACAAACAUAUUUAGACAGAG